AUGGCCGCAUGGAAUCAGAAACCUUGGGGAUCUUCCCAAAAGGAGGUAGUCAUGAACUCGGUGAGCCAUUUUCUCUGGCUGAAUAUAGAGCUACCCCUCAACCGAGCGAUCCGCCCUGGCCAGUACGUGCAGCUUUGGAUGCCACGAGCCGGCUUUCGGGCUUUCUUUCAGCUCCCUCGGUUCUAUGUUGCAUUCUGGGAAAAUGGACCAACUCAAAGAAUAGUCCGUAUGGUAGCAGAGCCGCAACCCGGGCUUACGCAAAAGCUGUAUCACGAAGCACUGGAAUCCCCGGCCAAGCAUUCGGUUAUGAUACUCGGACCCUACGGACACCCUCUCGAUUUCUACCGGUUCGGUACAAUCCUCUUCGUCGUGGAGGAUAUUGGAUUCUUUCGAGCGCUUUCAUACAUUGAGAUGUUGGUGGAGACAAGCCGCAGGCGCGAAGUGAUGGUGCGAAAGCUAGAGGUUCUCUGGAAGCGCCAGGUUGGCAAAGAUGAGAAUCCACAAUGGGUAAAUGAAUGGAUACAAGGACUUUUCAAUCGCGACUGGAGAGCGUUCAAGAUUUUGCAAUUCAGCAUCUACUGCCCGCGUACUCAGGCAGGACCCCAGAACAAUAUUUCCUACGAAUAUGCAGAAAGGAUUUGCUACUUUUAUGGCUCGAUCAAAAUCGAGGAAGAAGUUGAACGGUAUCUCAACAACCACCAAUGCGGAGCUGUGGCCGUAGCGGUAUGUGCGGGUCCGUCAAUACGUGCGGCUGUGACAAAGACUGUACGGCUACACACAGGAAGAAAUCUCCAGCUAAUGGUUUUCGACCCCGAUAUGAGCCCUGCGCCGGAUGGAGUUGUAGAUUCACUCAGCAGCGACGAGACUCCAGUUGACCAGGGUUCACCACAUCAACUUUUGGGACAGCAAGCUACAGUACUCAUCGCCUAA